CUCUCUCUCCAAAUCUGAGCCCCGGCUCUCUCCCUCUCUCUCUCAAUGGAUGAGGAAUUGCAGAAGCGAAACACCGACUGCGUCUACUUCUUGGCCUCUCCUCUCACCUGCAAGAAGGGGAUUGAAUGUGAGUAUCGACACAGUGAGAUUGCGAGGCUCAACCCUAGAGAUUGUUGGUACUGGUUGGCAGGGAGCUGUCUUAAUCCCUCUUGUGCUUUUCGACAUCCUCCAUUAGAUGCACAUACUGAGGUGUCAUCUGAAUCUGCUCCUCCACAAAAUCGGUGCUCUGCACCUGUGAACAAGGUCAAUGUUCCCUGUUAUUUUUAUUUCAAUGGGUUUUGCAAUAAAGGUGAUGGAUGCUCUUUCCUUCAUGGACCUGAUGAUGGUAUACCUGCUUGGAAAUCCUCAAGGACAGAUACUGCAGUCAGUGAUGCACCUCCCUUGGAAAAUAAGAUGUCUGCUGGAAGUGAUACAGGAACUGCACCAAUAGAGACGCGUUGUAAUCCAUCAGAAGCUGCUCCUACGAGAGCUGUGGAAAUACAGAUUGAGCCUAAAGAGGAUGUCCACCUACCAGCUCUUGGUAAUAUCAAGGAUCAAAGUGCUUCUCCUCAUUUAUCAGCAUCUGAGUGCGAAGAAGCUGCAGCAGUUAGGUCAGAAACUCUGAUUCUAGGGAAGGGUUUAAUUCAAAGCAGAUCUCUUGUAUGCACUGAUCAGAGUUCAGACGAGCAAGUGGAUGAUUAUAUUGAGCAAGAGGACUGGUUAGAAUCAUCUCCGGGUUUUGAUGUUCUUGUAGAUAAUAGAUCAGAGAACUUGGGAUAUGAAGAAGAUCCAGAGUACUUAAUAGCCAUUGAUAGGGAUGGCAGGGAGCUCAAUGGUCAUUUCUUAGGUUAUGAUUAUGAAGACCCUGUCGAGUAUGAUCCUGCAUACCCUGAUGCAGGAAUUUUGGACGAACAUGAGAGGCUUGAUUCUUCUGAUCAAUUUGAUAAUGAGCAGAGAUUCGACUACAUCAGAAAAGUUCCUGGGUGCUCAAGGGAGAAAAUGUUGGAUCCUGUUUUACCACGGAAGAGGAAAUUCUUGCCUGUGGAUAUGGCAAUUGAUGGUCGGAGAGGUAUGGAUCUCCGAGACCACCUUAGGAAACGCAGGGUCAUCAAUGGUCGUCAAGUGACCAGUUUCUCAAGAAGGAAUAACUCUUCUCGUCAGGUUGAUCAAAGCCAGGAAAGGUCUCGACGACGUGGUACACAGUGGCUGCAUGGAAGAUUGAUUACGGAAGAGAAUAGUAAUGGGCAUAGAUCACACGGCAAGAACGGAACUCUGUUAAACAGCAUCAACCCCCAGAGCUGGUUUAGACAAUCACGUUCAAACAAGGUUGGGCAGCAUUAUAAGGAAAAAAGGCAGCCUAAACAGCAGUUUCAUUCAUCUGAAGUCUCAAGGAAUACGGUUUCAAAGAAGAAGAGAUCUGCUGAGGAAUCUGAUAUGUUUACCGGGCCUAAGACCCUAGCUCAAAUCAAAGAAGAAAAGAGAAAAGCCACAGGAAAUGGCGAUUCUUCUGGGAAGCUGGGGCAUUCAAGCAGAGCUAUAUCAGAAGAGUUUCAGGGUCCUAAACCUUUGAGUGAAAUCCUCAAGGACAAAAGGAAGCUGCGUUCAAUAAUUGAUGCCAAUAAUGAUAGCAGCUAAACUGCUAUAUUAUGAAUCAUUUGGGCCAACAAUGUGAGCAGUUUUCCAAUGAUGAUGACGGACAAUUGAUUUAACAAGCAGCCUAAUAGCUUGUGCUUGAGAUCUUUUCUGUUCUUGUGUGCGGGGAUCUUGUUAUUUCUUUUAUAAGAACAAUUUUGUUUGUUUUUUAGGUUGCUAGACAGCCUCUCUGCAUGUGGGGUAAGGCUGCAUAGAACUAAUUGUCCCCAGACCCUGCAAUGGCGAGAGUCUCAUGCAUUGGAACUGUCUAUUUUUUGCAUGCAUAGCGAUGGGGGCCCUUUCAAAAUGUCACCAGAACCUGGAACCUUUCAAGGUCUGUUUCUUGCGUCGGAAUAUCCUAAUUACUAAUGAGAAAUGUAAUCUAGUGCAGGCUAUUUGUUGUCUUCUACAUAUAUAGGUUUGAGUUAGGGACUUGAUACCAUCAUUGUUGUGAUCAAGUCAUGGAGCUUCUUGUCUUCCUGUGUACAUAGCUGGUCAUUAAUAGUUAACAAUUUGGUUGGUUGGUGCAUUUGCAUACCUCCAAAGGGUUACUUUUUUAUGCAUGGCAGUGAUUAUGUUCA